GAUGGCCAAUUCAGUUUGACGAAAAUCGUCGCUUCGAACGAACGGAUUAUCCAACGAACCAGAAACGAGAAACCCAAAAAUCCAGCACAAUGAAUUGCCUAUCCGCGAUGUUUAAGUACCUGCUGUACUUGCUCAACCUGAUCUUCGUGGCCGGUGGCAUCCUGCUGAUCGUGGUGGGCUCCAUCAUGCUGUCAACGAUGGGUAACUUCACCGCCUUCGAGGGAGCAGUCAACACACAAACUAUCCCAAUCACGAUUAUCGUCAUCGGUUGUGUCACCUUCGUGGUGGCCUUCUUCGGAUGCUGCGGCACUAUUCGCGAGAACCCCUGUUGCACCACCAUUUACGCCAUCUGCAUGCUGAUCCUGUUUGGGCUGCAACUGGCCCUCUCGAUUUGGAUCUUCGCGGCGAACGAUAAGUUCCUAACCAGCAUGGGCAAGGUGGUGGACAAGGCUUGGGAUGAGAACGACGCCGCCCAGGGAUAUCCCAUGGAUGCCCUUCAGUUGGCUUUCAACUGCUGUGGCAAUGCGGGAUACGAUGAGUAUGUCGGCAGCAAGCCAGCCUCCUGCUGCGGCUACAAGGAUCGCAACAAGGCGUGUGAGGCCGAGAUCUACACCCUGCGUCCUGGUUGCCAAACUGAGUUCGUCGACUUCUGGGCCUCCAAUACGGACAUCAUUCGAUGGAGCAGUCUGAUCAUCGCCCUCUUCGAGCUGGGCAUCUUCAUCAUGUCCUGCUGCCUGGCCAGUGCGAUGAGGAAGCGCUAAACUAAUGGUCGGAGCAACCUUCUUAGCUGUAGCCCAGUUCCUAGCAUAAAUUCCAAAACAAAUCCAUCACUCAUCGUAAAUAAACCGAAAUAGGUUAAGCUCAAUGAAA